CUGAAAUGCUCGCCCUCGCUGCUUCCUUCGGCCUUAGCCUCAUCGCCGGCUCCGCGCCGGCGCCUGUCGUGUCGUCCUCGCGGGUUGCGUCGCCGGUGAUGGCCGACAAGAAGGGCCCUGCCCGCAAGUCCAUCGCCAAGGGCUGGUCCAUCCUCGAGGGCCUCAACAACCCGAUUGAUGCAACGCGGGGAAACCGCAACACCAUCGACACGCGCAAGUGGGGCGGCGCGCCGGAGACGCUGGCGUCUGUGCAGCUUGGCUCUGGCUGGGACCCGCUGGGCGCGCUGAAGAAGUACGACACGCGCCUGCAGAAGCCCAAGGGCAAGGGUCCGAUCAACAAGUCCGAGGUGCGCACCUUCCCGUCGAAGCUGAUGCCCAAGGGCCGCAAGUGAGUGAGUGAAUGAGAGGAGACCGGUCUGGCGCGAAUCCUGUGUGCAGCGGCCCAAUCGGUGGGCGGGAAGUCUGCCUGCCCACACGCACACCAGCCACCCCGAUAUUGAUGCCAGUGAUCAUAUCUGUGCCCGUUGAGGCCAUCUCUGUAUUUCUUGUGA